GACCGGAAAUGAAAACAAAUCACAGACGGAAGAAAAAAAAAAUGGAAGCGGCAGUGUUCAUUCUGUCACUUGUGGAUUGCUGUGCACUUAUUUUCCUCUCUGUCUACUUUAUUAUCACCCUGUCUGAUCUAGAAUGUGACUACAUCAAUGCUAGAGCCUGCUGCUCCAAGCUAAACAAAUGGGUUAUUCCAGAGAUGGUUGGCCAGUGUCUCUCCACUAUGCUGAUGUUGGUCUCCAUGCACUGGUUCAUUUUCCUCCUCAACCUGCCUGUAGCAGCCUGGAACAUUUACAGGUAUGUAAAGGUUCCGAUGGGAAACAUGGGCGUGUUUGACCCCACUGAGAUCCACAACCGAGGUCAGCUCAAGUCCCACAUGAAGGAGGCCAUGAUUAAACUGGGUUACCACCUGCUCUGCUUCUUCAUUUAUUUGUAUAGCAUGAUCCUGGCUCUCAUCAACGACUGAAGCUCCCAGCAAGCUGCCAAAUUCUAAACUCCACUGUUUCCCCCCUUACAGCCUGCUCCUGUACUGUAUGCAUACAAUCUUUCAUAACAGCAGAAAAAGAAGAAGCUUACUGUUAUUUGUGUUGUUAUGAUCUAAGAAUUUUGACUUUAAAGUGCUCAUAUUAUGCUCAUUUUCAGGUUCAUAAUUGUGUUUAGAGGUUAUAUCAGAAUAGGUUUACAUGGUUUAAUUUUCAAAAAACACCAUAUUUUUGUUGUACUGCACAUUGCUGCAGCUCCUCAUUUCACCCUUUCAGUUGAGCUCUCUGUUGUAGCUAGAGAGCCAUCUUUGUUGGGAGCCGCACAUGCGCAAUAGCUAGGUAAGGACUACUAGCCAGUCAGAAGCAGAGUAUGAGGGCGUGCCAUGCUAGCAGCUAGGCGAGCAUCAUAACCUGUGUUACAAAGUGACGCAGGUUUGUCUCUGAAGUAAAGGCUGGACUACAACAGAGCUGUUUGGAGCAGUUCGUCAACAGUGUUUUCUGUUGGAGAUGGUUAGUCCCUUUGGAGUGGACUUUGGGCUGUAUGCACAAAAAAAGAUAUAUAACAUAAUAAAGGACAGGGAAAAAGCCAAAAAACAUAAUAUGAGCACUUUAAUACAAUACUUAGGUUAAUAAUUAACCAUUUAACAUUCCGUACCAUCAUGAUAAAAGCUCAUACAACAGCCUGGUGUUUUAUUGCGAAGGGGAUAAGUAAUAGUGGUAUUUUUUUUCAACCUUUAUCUGCAACAGUUAUUCAUUAGAUCAUUAGAGUGGCUGUAAGAAAUGAUAGACAUUUUCACAGUAAAGUAAGCAUGUAGGCCCCCUAGAGCAGAGAAAAACAGAAAUAGCCAGUGAAGAAGUCAUCUAUUACCAAGCACAGUACUGUGUAAUAGUCCUCUGUCUAUCUGAAAAUAAGGUGGAGUUUUUGAGUGGUUUUUUUCCCACCAAAGCCAAAUUGGGAAAAAUGUAAAGUGCUUCAAAUCUCAAAACAUUGUUUUUUUGUUGUUGUUGUGCCCUCCCCACACAGUAAAGGUGCCCAUCAGUGUUCAGUUCACCUGCUGACUGGGAAGGACAUACCAAAUGAUUCACAUAUUUUUCGUCCUCUUUUUGACCAAUCUGUAUGUGCACAUUUACAGUCACCUCUCUGUCUUGUCAUAUGCUGCUGUUGUUGCUUUUUUUUUUCUCUGAACUUUCCAAGUUGACAUCACAUUUGGUUAAAGUAUCCAACGUUUUUACAAUGUAAUGUUAAAAUCACAGGUUUGUGAUAGUAUUGAAGUGUGAAAUUGUGCUGCAGUGAUCAUCAGAUGGUGGAUCACUAAGCCUAUUCUGAGACUUUUUAUGCAUACAGGACCUGCCAGACUUCCAGCAUCACACUCCAUCUCUGAUCACUAACCACAGCUCCGCACACACACACACACACACACACACACUAACACAAAAUAUUUGAUUAAUAUACAGUCAUAUUUGCCUCAACAUGUGUAUUUAUGUGGGUGUAUUCAGUGACGUGCAGUGACGUGGUUCUGCACAGAGUAAAAGACAAUCACACCCAACCACACAGCAGUCCUCAUCUGUCACUGUGUCUGGGCCAAAGUCUUGUGAUGUGCUGGAAUGAUCACAGAGCUCGAUGCUGUCUGAACUUCAAUGGUAGAGUGUUUUGCCAAAUAAAAGGUUCAAUUCGGUCUUGAAAGAAGUGUAUGUAUUGUUGUAUUAUUGGAUGAGUGGCAGUUUCAAUAAGAACAAUUUGAUUUGAUGCCAUGCACUUACGUUGUGUUUACUGAAUGACCUUUGCAAUAAACGCAUACUGUAUGUUAAAGUCUGACAUUUCCUGUUUUAAAGUUCCCUACAUGAACAGGUGUCUCAGCUUUUCACUAGGACGAGAGAUGUGUGCGUGCACUCCUCUUUAUUUGGUGUGUAUUGUAUUGUGUCAUGACUGUUGAUCCAUGCCUGCUACAUGUGCAGGGAUUCUGGAGCCAUUUCUCUCUUCAGUUGGGGAGUACUGCUGGUGAAAAAAGUUCAUGUCUGAUUCACACUAAACUGUCUUUUUUUUGUUUCAUAAAUAAAAAUGUAGAUAAGUUG